UCUUGGCAAUACGAAAGUACAUUGCUAAUAGAAGCGAGGGAUUGUUCUCACGAUUCUAAAACUUCUCGCACUGAAAGGGUUGUUAAAUUCAUGAUUCGGGAUUUGGUACACGAGUGUAUUGUGAGUCGAGGUUCUUCGUUGGUCAACGUGAUCGAUUUAAAGAUCUCUAUGGAGAAAGUCACUGGCACAUGCAGUCCUUCCAUUGACACAAUGAAAAUGCAAAUGUAUUUUGCUACAAAUUACACUUCUAGACAUUAUCGAUUGGAUUCAGGUCUUUUGCCACCUGCCUGCCUGAUGGGUGAGAGAAAUGGUCCUCAUGUCCUCCGGAUAGCCCCCAACCCCACCUCCAAUCCACCGAAACACCCAGGAGGAGUAUCAUAACAAAAUUUUUUCACGCUUGUUCACCAGUCUGCUGUUACAGCUUUGUCUUCUUUGACUCUGAGAUGUGCCCGAAACCUGCUGAAACAGGGUGUCCAUUUGAGACAGGAGAAUCAGAAUCAGAAUUGAAAUCAUCUUUAUUUGCCAAAUAUGUAAACAACACCCCAGGAAUUGACUCUGGUAGUUGGAGUCGCCCUAGUACGACAUACAUGCUGAGUACAACAGCAGAAAGAGGGGAUUGACAAAGAACAUGUUUUUUUAAACUCAAAGUUGUGCAAAGGAUGCAGCGUCUUCUAGCAUUUAGAGCAAUUAGAAUGCCCAUUAGCGUGAUGGGCCAGUGCAAGGAAUGUAUGCACUUUAAAGUGGCUAGCAUGCAAUAAUCUGGGACAAUGUUGAUUGUGCACAUGUUGCAAAUACGCCUCAGUCGAUUGUACAAGUGAUGCAGAUGAUAUGCAGGUAUGAAAGGGUAGUAUUGGUGAACAACAGAUGUCCAGAUGGUGCAGUGUAGUGAAACUACCACAGUGAGUGCACGAAUAAUAUAUAAUGCAUUUUCUUUUCCUUUCGGCUUGUCCCGUUAGGGGUCGCCACAUCGUGUCAUCUUUUUUCCAUCUUAGCCUAUCUCCUGCAUCUUCCUCUCUAACCCCAACUGCCCUCAUGUCUUCCCUCACUCUGUCGCCUCUGAACAUGUCCAAACCAUCGAAGUCUGCUCUUUCGAAUCUUGUCUCCAAAACAUCCAACUUUGGCUGUCCCUUUAAUGAGCUCAUUUCUAUGCUAUCCAACCUGCUCACUCCGAGCGAGAACCUCAACAUCUUCAUUUCUGCUACCUCCAGGUCUGCUUCUUGGUGUUUCUUCAGUGCCACCGUCUCUCGUCCGUACAUCAUGGCCGGCGUCACCACUGUUUUGUAAACUUUGCCCUUCAUCCUAGCGGAGACUCUUCUGUCACAUAACACACCAAACACCUUCCGCCAGCUGUUCCAACCUGCUUGGACCCGUUUCUUCAGUUCCUCACCACACUCAACAUUGCUCUGGAUUGUUGACCCUAAAUAUUUGAAGUCCUCCACCCUCGCUAUCUCUUCUCCCUGUAGCCUGACUCUUCCCACUCCACCUUUCUCAUUCACUCACAUAUAUUGUGUUUUACUUCGGCUAAUCUUCAUUCCUCUCCUUUCCAGUGCAUGUCUCCAUGUUUCUAAUUGUUCCUCUGCAUGCACCCUGCUUUCACUGCAUAUCACAAUAUCGUCUGCGGACAUCAUGGUCCAAGGGGAUUCCAGUCUAACCUCAUCUGUCAUUACCACUGCAAACAGGAAGGGGCUCAGAGCUGAUCCCUGAUGCAGUCCCACCUCCACCUUAAAUUCUUCGGUCACACCUAAGGCGCACCUCACCAUUGUUCUGCUGCCAUCAUACAUGUCCUGUACUAUUUUAAAAUACUUCUCUGCCACUCCAGACCUACGCAUGCAGUACCACAGUUCCUCUCUUGGUACUAUGUUAUGGGCUUUCUCUGGAUCCAGACACAAUGUAGCUCCUUCCGACCUUAUCUGUACUUUUCCACUAGCAUGCUCAAGGCAAAUAAUGCAUCUGUGGUACUCUUUCGAGGCAUGAAACCAUAAUGUUCCUCGCAGAUACUUACUUCUGUCCUGAGUCUAGCCUCCACUACUCUUUCCCAUAAAUUCCUUGUGUGGCUCAUCAGCUUUAUUCCUCUAUAAUUCCCACAGCUCUGAACAUCGCCUUUGUUCUUAAAAAUGGGAACCAGAACACUUUUCCUCCAUUCUUCAGGCAUCUUUUCCCCCCAAUAUUCUGUUGAAUAAGUUGGUCAAAAACUCCACAGCCAUCUCUCCAAAUUCCUUCCAUACCUCCACCGGUAUGUCAUCAGGACCAACUGCCUUUCCAUUUCUGAUGUACUCCUUUCGCCUCUCCUCGGUCCUCUGUGUCCCACUUCUUCUUCGCUAAUCUCUUUCCUUGUAUGACUCCCUGUAUCUUGGGGUUCCACCACCAAGUCUCCUUCUCCCCUUUCCUACCAGAAGACACACCAAGUACUCUCCUGCCCGUCUCUCUGAUUACCUUGGCUGUCGUAGUCCAGUCUUCCGGGAGCUUCUGCUGUCCACCGAGAGUCUUACCUCUUUCCAAAAGCCCGCACAACAUUCUUCCUUUCUCAACUUCCACCACAUGGUUCUCUGCUCUACCUUUGUCUUCUUAAUCUUCCUACCCACCACCAGAGUCAUCCUACACACCACCAUCCUAUGCUGUCGAUUUACACUCUCCCCUACCACUACUUUACAGUUCGUAAUCUCCUUCAGAUUACAUCGUCUGCACAAAAUAUAAUCCACCUGCGUGCUUCUACCUCCGCUCUUGUAGGUCACUAUAUGUUCCUCCCUCUUCUGGAAAUAAGUGUUCACUAGAGCCAUCUCCAUCCUUUUUGCAAAGUCCACCAACAUCUGUCCCUCGAAGUUCCUUUCCUGGAUGCCGUACUUACCCAUCACUUCUUCGUCGCCCCUGUUUCCUUUACUAAUAUGUCCAUUACAAUCUGCACCAAUCACAACUCUCUCGCUGUCUCGGAUGCUCAGAACUACUUCAUCUAGUUCCUUCCAGAAUUUCUCUUUCAACUCUAGGGCGCAUCCUACCUGUGGGGCAUAGCUGGUAACCACAUUAUAGAGAACACCCUCAAUUUCAAAUUUUAGUCUCAUCACUCGAUCUGAUACUCUUUUCACCUCCAAGACAUUCUUAGCCAGCUCUUCCUUUAAAAUAACUCCUACUCAAUUUCUCUUCCCAUCUACUCCAUGGUAGAAUAAUUUAAACCCUGCUCCUAAACUUCUAGCCUUACUACCUUUCCACCUGCUCUCUUGGAUGCACAGUAUAUCAACCUUUCUCCUCAUCAUCAUGUCAACCAACUCCUGAGCUUUUCCUGUCAAAGUCCCUACACUCAGUUGUAGGCUCUGUGCAUUCCUCUUUUUCUUCUGACGACGGAUCCGGUUUCCUCCUCUUCUUUGUCUUCGACCCACAAUAGCAGAAUUUCCACCGACACCCUGCAGGUUAGCAGUGCCGGGGGCGAGCGUUGUCAACCCGGGCCACGACCAAUUCAGUAUGGGAUUCUAUAGAUGAACGCUCAUAUUGGCACCGUUUUUAUGCCGGAUGCCCUUCCUGACGCAACCCUCUGCAUUUAUCCGGGCUUGGGACCGGCCUACUGAUUGCACUGGUUUGUGCCCCCAUAGGGCUGCAUUACGAAUAAUAUAUAAUGCAUAAAACUAAUUAACCCCAUAGAUUGUGACAACAAACUCGAGGCAGAAAAGUGGCAGAAUGUUGCAGUUGAAUUGUAUGUUAAUUUUUCAAGAGGUUAAUUGCAAGAGGGAAGAAGCUGAUGGAAUAAUUGCUAGUUUUGUUUUGCAUUGUUCGAUAGUGCUAAUCUGAAUGAAAGACCUGAAAGAGCUCGUGAGGAGGGUUCUAUAGGAUGCUGCCUGCUCUCGGGUCUUCCAAGUUCUCAAAAGUGGGUCGGAUGGUUCUGAUAAUCCUUUCACCAGUUUUGAAUCACCAUUGCAUUUGGAGUUUAUUCUUGUUUUGUGGCAGCCCCAAACCAGAAUGUCAUGGAGGUACACAGUACUGAUUCGAUGACCGCUGGGUAGAACUGAACUUCCCUAGAAGCCACAGGAAGUACAUCCUUUGCAGGACUCGUUUUGAGGACGCAGUUGAUGUUUGUUUCCCACUUCAGAUCCUGUGAAAUCUCACAGGAAAUUCCAAGGAACUUGAAGGUCUCGACGGUUGACACAAGAUAGUUGGACAGUAUGAGGGGCAGCUGUGGUGAAGGAGGUCUCCUGAAGUCCAUUGUCCAUUGUAGUGAACUCCUUCUGAGUAAUAGUCAAUUUGGCUGGAUCAAGAUGUUCCGCAAUGGGCAAAAAUGAGCAAGCCAACAGUCGUAAUGAAAUGCUCCAAAUUGUGUUUUGUAUCAGGGUGGAAAAAGCAGGUGUCUUUUGGAACAGAUUAUUUGACAGCAAACACUAAAUAACGUCACCUGAUAUGGGGAAGCCAGGACUCUCUGGCUUUUCCGGAUGCAUGGACACUACCAUCAUCUGGCAUCAGAUCCACGUUGGCAAAAAAGAGGGAAGAGACCUUCAUGUGGUGUUCCUGGAUCUAAAAAUACCUUUGUCCCAGUCCCUCAUAAUCUCCUGUGGACAACGCCUGGCUAUUUCAAGGUUCCAACGGCGUUCAUAACAUUGGUUAGAACCUAUUUCAAGGAUGUCCAGCUCUGUUACAAAAAGCAGGGUACACCACUGCAUGGCAGGACCUGGAAGUGGGACUCAUGGCUGGGUAUACCAUCUUCCCGCUGCUAUUCACCCUGGCCAUGGAAGUCGUCGUCUGGGCCUCUCGCUUGGUGGUUGGUCAAAGCCUACACAGAUGAUCUCACCACGCUGACCACAACCAAGGCCUGCAUGGCACAAUUGUUAAAAAUGCUCCAGGAAAACAUCGAGCUGGCUCGCAUGAAGAUCAAGCCGAGUCAAUCUUGUAGAAUAUUCAUUGUCAAGGGAAAACUGACAAAGCACGUUCACGUUAGUGGGGAAUCAAUUCUCAUGGUUUCCGAGAAGCCUAUGAAGUACUUAGGCCAUUGGUAUGAUGCCUCUGUUAAGUACAAAGCAAGUAGAGCAGCUCAGAAAGGAGGUGGCCAGUGGCCUGUAAAGCAUCGACAGAACCCUGCUUCCUGGGUAGUUGAAGCUCUAGUGCUUGCAGUACGGGUUACUUCCUCGACUCCUUUGGCCACUCCCCUUUAUGAGAUCCCACUCUAAAAGGUGAAAAAGCUGGAGAGCCUGGUCAGAUCCCACUACUGCUGAGAGGCGCAAGCUGGUGGUCUCGGAGAUACGUCAGGAAGAGGAAGCAAAAAUGUGCACCCAAGCUGUGUCGUAGGCCAAGCAAGGGCAGAGGUUGGCCUGGGAAAAGGUGGAGGAAGGGAAGAUCAGCUGAAAAGACCUUUGGGAGAUGGAGGCAUUCAGCACAAGUUUUACCAUCAGAGGUGCAUAUAUCUUUCCUUCCCCCAUAAACCUUAACCAGUGGUAUGCCGAAGACACCAAGUGCCUGUUAAGCCCAAGUCCCGCAACACUGAAGCACAUCCUGGUUGGUUGCAACACCAGCCUCACUCAAAGAUGUUGCACUGGUGGCACAACCAACUUCUGAAGUGUAGCUGGUGUUCUGGAGAAUCAGCGGAUGAGGGUGAACGCCAUUCCACCCUUGUCAGCCAAGAGACAACAAAGGCUAUUCGGGAGGGGUAGAGUCAAACCAGCCACACCAGCAAGCCACCAGACAGGGGACACCUGGGCAGUGCACAAGACUGGAAGCUUCUUGCAGACCUGCACAAAAAAGCUUUGCUUGCCAUCUAAGAUUACAGCUCCCACCCUACAACCAGAUCUUUUGCUAUGGUCUGCCUCUCGCAAUCUCGUCUGCAUCAUCAAGCUCACAGUGCCCUGGAAGGGGCAGUCGAGGAGGAACACGAGUGAAAGAGGCUGAGGUAUGCAGGAGUUUGGCCAAAGUGCAACAGCAAGACUGGAGAGCAGAGAUACGCCCAAUGGAAGUAGGCUGCAGAGGGUUUAUAGCCUUAACCUCAGCAUCUUCAUUUCUACUAACUCAAGUUCUAGUUCCUGAUGUUUCUUCAGUGCCACCGUUUCUAACCCAUACACCAUGCCCGGCCUCACCACUGUUUUAUAAACUUUGCCCUUCAUCCUACUCUUCUGUCACAUAGAGCACCAGACACCUUCUGCCAACUGUUCCACCCCCAUGUACCUGUUUCUUCACUUUCUCACCCCACUCUCCAUUGCGCUGUAUUAGUGACCCCAAGUCUUUGAAGUCAUCCACCCUCGCUAUCUCUUCUCCCUCGAGCUUCACUCUUCCUCCUCUGCCCCUCUCUAUCACACACACACAUAUAUUCUGUUUAAAUUCAGCUGAUCUUUAUUCCUCUCCUUUCUCAUGCGUACCUCCAUCUUUCUAAUUGUUCCUCCGCUUGCACUCUGGUUUCACUGCAGAUCACAAUAUCAUCAACAUCAUAGUCUAAGGGGAUUCCAGUCUAACCUCAUCUGUCAGCCUAUCCAUUUCCACUGUAAACAGGAAGGGGCUCAGAGCUGAUCCCUGACGCAGUCCCACCUCCACCUUAAAUUCUUCUGUCACACCUAAGCCACACCUCACCAUUGUUCUGCUGCCAUCAUACAUGUCCUGUACUAUUUUAACAUAUUUCUCCGCCACACCAGACUUGCGCAUGCAGUACCACAAUUCUUCUCUUGGUACUCUGUCAUAUGCUUUCUCUAGGUCUACAAAGACACAAUGUAGCUCCUUCUGACCUUCUCUGUGCUUUUCCACGAGCGUCCUCAAGGCAAAUAAUGCAUUUGUGGUAUUCUUUCUAGGCAUGAAACCCGACUGUUGCUCGCAGAUACUUACUUCUGUCCUGAGUCUAGCCUCCACUACUCUUUCCCAUAACUUCAUUGUGUGGCUCAUCAUCUUUAUUCCUCUGUUGUUUCCACAGUUAUGAACAUCGCCUUUGUUCUUAAAAAUGGGGAUGAGCACACUUUUUCACCAUUCUUCUGGCAUCUUCUCUCUCGCUAGUAUUCUAUUGAAUAAGUUGGUCAAAAACUCCACAGCCACCUCCCCAAAUUGCUUCCAUACCUCCACUGGUAUGUCAUCUGGACCAACUGUCUUUCCAUUUUUCGUUCUGUUCAGUGCCUUUCUAACUUCCUUCUUACUAAUCAUUGCCGCUUCCCGGUCAUUCAUGCUUCUUCUACUCUACUUUCUCUCCCAUUUUCUUAACCAUUCGUUAACUUCUCAAAGUACUCUUUCCAUCUACACUACUGGUACCAGUCAACAUAUUUUCAUUGCUAUCCUUCAUCAUCUUUACUUGCUGCACAUCCUUCCCAUCUCUAUCGCUCUGUCUGGCUAACCUGUAGAGAAUCCUUUUCUCCUUCUUGCAGAUCCAACAUGGUGUACAUGUCGUCAUAUGCCUCUUGUUUAGCCUUCACCACCUCUACCUUUGUCCUACGACGCAUCUCAAUGUAUUCCUUUCGCCUUUCCUCAGUCCUCUCAAACUUCCACUUCUUCUUUGCUAAUUUCUUUUCUUGAAUGACUUCCUGUAUUUUGGGGUUUCACCACCCAGUCUUCUUCUCCCCUUUCCUACCAGAAGACACCCCAAAUACUCUCUUGCCUGCCUCUCUGAAUUCCUCAGCAGUAGCAUACCAGUCUUCUGUGAGCUCUUCCUGUCCAUCUAGAGGAGGGGUCACCAAUGUGGUGCCCACGGGCGAAUGGUUGCCCACGACGAUCAUAUAAGGCGCCCGCAACAUAUGUUCUAAAAAUACCAUAGGCCACAAAUUGUUAAUAUUAUAUGUACUUUCAAUUCUGAAUCUGACUUGCUGAUGUGAAUAAAAAUGUUAAAAUACCUGUAAUAUAAUUUCCUACAAUAAAUUAAAAGACUAUUUUAUGUACUGUAACUGAGUACUCCUCUGGCAGGCUGGAAAUGGGCUGGUGUAGCAUUCCUUUACCGUAGAGCCCAAUGGUGCUGAGGCACCCUAGGAAGGCCAAGCCACUUCCUUACAAACGAGCUGAUCAGUCUCUCAAUCUUUUCUACCUUUGAGAGUGGGUUCUCAUAGAGGGUAAUUGGCCAAAGGAGUCGAGGAUGUAACCUGGUAAUUGGCCAAAGGAGUCGAGGAUGUAACCCGUACUGCAAGCACCAGAGCUUUAACUUCCCAGGAAGCAGGGUACUGUCACUUCUUUCCAGGCCACUAGCCACCUCCUUUAUGAGCUGCUCUAAAUUCACCUUUGUCCUUAAGAGGAGCAUCGUACCACCGGCCCAAGCUCUUCACUGGCUUCUCGAAGACAGUUGGAAUUGGUUCCUCACCAAUGUGAAAGGAGAGUUCCUCAAGGAAAUCAACUGGGUGCUGGAGUCCAGACUAAACCAAGUGAGCAGGGAGAUUACUGACAGCAGGGUGAAAACAAAAGAGCAGUUAGAUGCCCUUUAUCGUAAAAUCAUCACUUUCAUCCUGCUAGGCUCUGGCUUGGGCUCACCUUCAGAUGUCAGCUCUGUACAAGAAGCUACAGCUGCCUUGCAGAGCAUCUUCCCAUCAACUGACCUGGGAGCAUUUAUGAUGCUCUUAAAGAGAGAGAAGGAGCAGCAGCUCUCUGAACUUAUUAUGACUGUCACAGGGAUUCGACUCUUCAACAAAGCCAGCAAGAAUGAACAGAUGAUCAACUUUUCUGAACUAAUGCCUGUGGUUCUAUCUGAAGCGCUUUCUGACACCAAUGAAGCCAUAGAGAAUGAGCUGAGUGUCUCCCAGAGUUUGGUGUGGAAAUACACAGCACUGAUAGAAAACUGCAACAGCACUUGGCCUGAAGACUAUGAUGUGCCUCUGGUUCAGCUCACACACGCACUCUACAAUGUCAGGCAGCACGAAUAUUUUCUCCAAAUAUUACUGGCUGAUUCACGUUUAUGUGCAAAAAGAGUUGAAAUCCUCCAGAAGGACAUCAUCUCACAGGUAUACCUACUAAAAACAUCUUUGCAGCCGAGGACAGCUGUACCCACCUCAAAGGUUUUUCCAUUGUUCAAGGCCCUGUCAAAACUGUGGUCAGAACUUCAGGAUGAGGCAGAGCUGCUGAAUAUCUUCAACAACAUUGCAUUCAGAUUGCAGUUCUUUCUUACCUCUCAGGCCAAGAUUUUUCCCAAAGUUCCUUUGGAAAAACUUUUGGAAGGAAUAGAAGUAAAAACAGACAAAGAAAGAAUGGAUGAGCGCUCAUGUGAACGCAUUGAUCCAACACAGAUGAAGCAGCAUGAGUGGCUCCAGCCUGGAACAAUUGCAAGUAUUACUGAGCUGCCAUUGCAGUAUAAUGGAUUCUGUGGAUACACACUCAUCAACAAAGAUGGACUUAUUCUUCCAGGAAAUCCUUGCAUUGGCAUCCUGAAGCAUAAGGAGAAACUGUAUGCCUUCAACUCCAAAGAAGCUGGUUUGAAAUUUGCCCACAGUCCUGAUUAUUUCAUUGCACUGGUGGCAGAAAAAGCCAAGAGUUCACCUGAACUGGUUCAACUUCUUAAACUCCAUCAAACUCCAUUUCACGCACAAGAAGGAAAGACACUUCUUGUGAGUAAAUCUGAGAUCUGCACUCAGACAGAUGUUCACCCAGUGAUGACAAACAUUGUCAAGUCAUAUAAAUGGAAUCAGUGGGAAUUGCGAAGGUCAGCUAUAAAACUGGCAAAGACCGUGGCCACGGCACUUGAGACCCUUUCCGGGACUGGGCCUCGACUUUGCAUCUGGAGGCUGAGGGUUGACGAGAAGCCGAGACAAGGAAGUAAAGACAUCUCUGGUGCAGCAUGGCAAUGCCUGGGCGAGGAGGAUAUUUGCGAUUUUCAGCACUCAUCACUGCUGCCAGCCAACCCUGGAUUUCUUUCUGCAAAAGGAAAUUGUACAGCUCCAGACAUCAAUGAGGUCACCCAUCUUUUCCAGCUUCUUUGUACUGGUGCCUCUGAACCCUUCCAAAAUGCUGCGGAGAUCCAUGUUGACCUUCUUCCACGAAGUCUUGUCGCAGGCCUUCGGGCAUUUGAUCAAUGGCCUAUGCCCCUGGAUCUUCCUCUCUGCGGUUGGUUGUAGUGGUGGAUUGGGUCUGGGUUGCUCUCCUGUGCCUUGUUCCUCCUCCGCCUCCACUUGGGCAGGGGCGUUAUGUCCUGCAGACUGUGGUGUGUGUCCUGCUGCUGAGCUUCUGCUGACUGAUUCGACCUGCUUCUCAAAAAGUACCUGUCUUUGCGACUUACCCGCUGUCCCUUCUUAAGGCACUGUUUCCUCCCCCGGUGAAUCUUCAGGCACUGAGUGGAGGUAACCGUUACCCAACCACAAACACAGAUCUAGAGCUUAAGUCCUGCUUUGACUGUCAGAUCUUCUCCAGCUCAGCAUCUCGUCUGCCAUCUCCUGGUGGAAUUACAACUUGUUGAAGGGUUGGAUACAGCAGGUGAGGCUGGGCGACACCACCUCAUCCACGCGCACUAUCAGCACCCGGGCACCCCAAGAUUGUGUCCUCUCCCUUCUGCAUCUGACUGUCAAACUCCUGAAAUUUGCAGAUGACACCAUGGUCAUGGGAAGACAAAUGAUGAGUUCCAUCCCAAGAACAUCCUCCCUACUGUGAAGCAUGGGGGUGGUAGCAUCAUGUGUUGGGGGAGUUUUUCGGCACAUGGGACAGGACAACUGCACUAUAUUAAGGAGAGGAUGACCACAGUCAUGUAUUGUGAGAUUUUGGGGAACAACCUCUUUCCCUCAGUCAGAGCAUUGAAGAUGGGUCGUGGCUGGGUCUUUCAACAUGACAAUGACCCGAAGCACACAGCCAGGAAACACCAAGGAGUGGCUCUGUAAGAAGCAUAUCAAGGUUCUGGUGUGGCCUAGCAAGUCUCCAGACCUAAACCCAAUAGAAAUUCUUUGGAGGGAGCGGAAACUGCAAGUUUCUCAGGGACAUCCCAGAAACCUGUCUGAUCUAGAGAACAUCUGUGUGGAGGAGUGGGCCAAAAGCCCUCCUGCCGUGUGUGCAAAACUGGUGAACAACGACAGGAAACGUUCGACCUCUGUAAUUGCAAACAAAGGCUACUGUAUCAAAUAUUAACAUUGGUUUUCUCAGGUGUUCAAAUACUCAUUUGCACCUGUGUCACAAAUAAAUCGCU